AAUCCAACCUUGCCUUCUCCAAAACCUUCAUCCAAAGUAGUCCUUUCUUCCAAGCUUUUGCAGUUUGUUUGAUCCAAAAAAACAAACAAUGGUUACCAAUGUUUUGAAAGAAAACUCUACCACCAGACAAACUAGAAAAAGAAGCAAACAAAGGCUUCAGACUUCAAACCUUGUAUCAAAAUGCUUGGAGGAAAAUGGAUUUUCUCAAACAUUCAAAGACUUGUUAUCUUCUCUACCCAAAGCAAAAGGUUGGCUCAGUCCUCAUUUGUACAAAUACCAAGGCUUUUGGCUCACAGCAUUGCACUUACAAGGUACUCUUUCCUUUCAACACUGCUUCCAAGCUCAAGACUUUGAUAUUCUCCUCAUCACAAGUCCCAAAUCUGGCACCAUUUGGUUGAAGGCUAUGGUAUUCACUUUAAUCAAUAGAAUGUCACACCCUAUCCUUUCCCAAGAACACCCUUUGCUCACUACUAAUCCUCAUGAUUUAGUUCCAUUCUUGGAAUUAAAUUAUGCACAAGAAAAGAAUCCCAUUUCACCAAAUUCUUCUUUAACAUCACCAAGGCUUUAUUCUACUCAUUUACCAUAUGUUUCUUUGCCAGAAUCAGUCAAGAACACAAAGUGCAAAAUAAUCUAUAUGUGUAGGAAUCCAAGAGACACUUUUGUAUCACUUUGGCAUUACAUAAGCAAGCUAAGGAGUCAAGACACAAAAAUGAUACCGUUUGAAGAAGCUUUCGAUAUGUUCUGUAAUGGAUUAACUAUGGCAGGACCUUUUUGGGACCAUGUUUUAAAUUAUUGGGAAAAAAGCUUGGAAAUGCCUCAAAAGGUAUUGUUUUUGAAGUAUGAAGAUGUGAAAGAGAAACCUUUUUUACAUUUGAGACGUUUGGCUGAAUUUUUGGAGUGUCCAUUUUCUUUAGAGGAAGAAGAAUCAGGAUUGGUUGAUGAAAUAAUUAAGCUGUGUAGCUUUGAAAAUUUGAGCAAUUUGGAGGUGAACAAGAGUGGUAAGACAUUGUUUGGCAAUGAUAAUAGAGUUUUCUUCAGGAAAGGUGAAGUGGGAGAUUGGAAGAAUCAUUUGACUACUGAAAUGGUGGAAAGGCUUAAUCAAAUUACAGAAGACAAGUUCAAUGGUUCGGGAUUGACGUUAUAAAUGGAUGCUUGAAUAUAAUUAAGUAUUUCAUUAUUUGCAAAUAAUUAAGUAGAAUAUAGGCAAAUUGCAAAAUACUCAUAUGACUGGUGAAAUAUCUCAAUAAACAUGUCUGAAGAGUAAUUCAAGUGAAAUAUGAUUUUCACUGCAAC